AUGCAAGCUGGAGCACCACCCCCCUAUACACCUCAUAAACCACAUAACGCACCUUACCCUCCUCCUCAUCCAUUCAAUGGGUCUCACUCUGCUGGCCCGUUCUCCUCUCCUCCGAGAUCUCUGUAUGGACCUACUCCGAUUGGAGUAUAUCCAUCAGAAGGAGGUGUAGGCGUACUUCCCUUUUAUAAUCCAGAAGCCCUUCACGCAGAUGAACUCAUUCGAGAGGCCACCCAACGAGCUCGUUGGAGAUUCCUUGAAGCUUUCAUGUGGGCAUUGUUUAUCUGGUGCAUCCUGGGAGCCAUGACUAGUGCAACUGUGAUUGGGGCUCUCAAACAAUGA